AGUUUUAUAAAUACCGCUUUUUCCGCUACCCGAUUUUUCCCAAUUUCGUCUUCCUUCCAUCCAAAAUUACUACUUGAAAAGGACUUCACAAAAUUCAACACCAUUAUUCCGUACAUUUUACGCUUCCUUCACCGAUCGAGAAUGCUGGCUUUAUGAUCUUUCUUGUUACUGAUUCUUUUUAAGUCUAUGCUAGACUUGUAAUCUACUGAUGGCGGGCGAAACUCUUGUGGGUGCGUGCAAUGGCACUGUCAGCACACCUCUUCCUGACCCUAAAAGGACGUAUCAAGUUGUAGUUGCUGCUACCCGAACUAUGGGUAUUGGCAAGGAUGGGAAGUUGCCUUGGAGUUUGCCUUCCGACCUCAAAUUUUUCAAGGAUGUCACCAUGACUACAUCAGAUCCAGGAAAGAAAAAUGCAGUUAUAAUGGGAAGGAAAACAUGGGAAGGCAUACCUCUAGAGUAUCGGCCCCUGCCUGGGCGGCUUAAUGUUGUUCUAACCCGUUCAGGGAGCUUUGAUAUUGCAACUGCUGAAAAUGUUUUAAUGUGUGGGAGCAUGAUCUCUGCUUUGGAAUUACUGGCCUCGUCUCCCUAUUGUCUGUCUAUUGAGAGGGUGUUUCUUAUUGGUGGCGGUGAGAUCCUAAGGGAGUCGCUUAAUAGUCCUGGCUGUGAUGCUAUCCACAUUACUGAACUUGAAGCAGACAUUGAUUGUGACACUUUCAUCCCUGCUAUCGACACUUCAGAAUUCCAGCCAUGGUACUCGUCAUUCCCAGUAGUGGAGAAUGGAAUACGCCAUUGUUUCACUACUUAUGUACGUGUGAGGAAUUCUGCAGAUGAUUCCCCCACUAAGACUAAUGGCAUGUUGUCUGAUGGUGGAUCGGACUCAGCGAGUUAUGAUGCAAGGAUGUUUUCUUUUCUUCCAAAGAAGAUAUUUGAGAAGCAUGAGGAGUACCUUUACCUGAAACUGGUGGAAGACAUUAUUUCUAACGGUGCUUUGAAGGGUGACCGUACCGGGACUGGUACGUUGUCAAAAUUUGGUUGCCAGAUGCGCUUUAAUCUAAGGAAGUCUUUUCCACUCCUUACAACCAAGAGAGUAUUUUGGCGUGGAGUUGUUGAAGAACUUUUGUGGUUCAUCAGUGGGUCAACAAGUGCCAAGGUUCUACAAGAUAAGGGCAUUCAUAUAUGGGAUGGUAAUGCAUCCAGAAGCUAUCUGGACAGUAUUGGCUUGGUGGAUCGAGAAGAAGGUGAUCUGGGACCAGUAUAUGGAUUUCAGUGGAGACACUUUGGUGCAAGGUAUACUAACAUGCACGCUGACUACACUAGCCAAGGAUUUGAUCAAUUGCUGGAUGUUAUUGACAAGAUAAAAAACAAUCCGGAUGACCGUCGGAUACUUCUCUCAGCUUGGAACCCUUCAGAUCUCAAGCAGAUGGCACUUCCUCCUUGUCACAUGUUUGCACAGUUUUAUGUAAAUCAAGGAGAGUUAUCCUGUCAAAUGUAUCAGCGAUCUGCAGAUAUGGGUCUGGGCGUUCCAUUUAACAUCGCAUCAUAUGCGCUGCUGACUUGCAUGAUUGCUCAUGUUUGUGAUCUUCAUCCUGGUGAUUUUGUUCAUGUUCUUGGAGAUGCACAUGUCUAUAGCACUCAUGUCAGACCUCUGCAGGACCAGCUUCAGAAGCUUCCUAAACCUUUUCCUAUUUUGAAGAUCAAUUCUGAGAAAAAGGAUAUAGAUUCUUUCGUGGCUGAUGAUUUUAAACUCAUAGGUUACGAUCCUCACCAGAAAAUAGAAAUGAAAAUGGCAGUAUAGAGCUUCCUUCUAUCUUCCAAUUUUGGUACAAUUAUCGGUGGUCUCUUGACGUCGAGUUUUUUACUUAACGACGUGGCUAUGCUAAACUUUAUACUUACAUAGUAACUGGUAAUCCUUUAGUAUUACACACAGCUUCUGGGUGCUAAGGUGAUUUAAUAUCUAGUUUAUUUUGCCUUUCGAAAAUCCUGUCAUCAUUUGUGCUAAGGUGAACAUGAAGCAACGUUCUGUAACGACUUGUGUGAGCUGCACCUUGGCUAGUGUUAUUGUACCUUGAGACCUACUUACGAAAAAAAAGUGAAGACUUUGUGUCCCUUGUUGACCUUGAAAGCGGUCCAUUUCAUAUAAAUUGGGCAGACUUUUUCACAUAUAACAAUUCACAUGACCCGUUAACAACGGACAUGGCCCUCAUAUACAAUUACUGAGUUUCUUAUGACCUAAGUAUUAACAAUAUGGAAGAUUGACAAGUUGGGCUGUUGUAGGGCCAGUUGGGCACCUUUUUAUGUUCCAUCUACUUUCACUUUGUUUUUCAAGAAUCAGGAGUCAUUAUAUUGGCAA